AUGUCUCAAUAUGGCCUCUCCUCUCAGCGUGGCACGGCUCUUGUUGCGAACAGCUAUCGCGAGGCACGGCGUCCCAGAAUAUAUCACCUUGGAUCGAGGACCUCAGUUCACGUCGGUGGUAUGGGACGGACUCUGUCGACGCCUCAUAAUACGCAAGCGAAUGUCAACUACUUGACCGUUCAUCCAGAGACUGGUGGUCAAUCAGAGAGCUCUAAUCAGAUCAUGGAGCAAUACAUGCGUGCCUACUACAACUACCUGCAAAACGACCGGGUAGAUUGGUUACCCCUGGCAGAAUUUGCCGCCAAUACUCACGACUCUGGAACAACAAAAGUGUCGCCAUUUUACGGCAAACUGUGGAUUCCACCCACGAUUUGGUAUUGA